CGACAAAAGGACAAAAUAUAAUUACAAACGUGUUUUGUACACCUUAAAAUUAAUAAACAAUCACACGGACUGUCAUUUACAUACUUAGUAGAUCUUUAAGAUUAGGGCUUUGCCAUCAAAGCAAGAAAGCACAAUCGAUGUUUUUACAGCGAUCUUUGCAUGAAAAUGAGAGACAAUGGAAGCAAAUAGGAACAAAGAAUAGGUUAGCAUUAUUGGUCCUUAUUGAUGAUUUUAUUAAAAAGGACGAGGAAUUUCGGAAAGACAAAAAUCGUACUUUUGAGAAAACCAGACGGGAGGAAAGAGAUAAAAAGUUAUUAGCAGAUCGUGCAAAAAGAUUGGAAAGAUAUAAGCAACAUAAUACAAGUUCUCUGUCUUUGAGGAUUAACCAAUUAGAAAAAAGAAAAAGAGAUAGUAAUGAAGCAGCGAGUAGGAAAAUAAGGAAAAUGGAGAAAGAUAUGGCCGAAAGAAUGAAAUUUCUUUCAACAAGGAUUCAGAAUGUUCAAACGCGUACACAUAGAGCGAGGGAAAAGGAACGAAAUGAAGCUCUUGAGAGAGAAAAGCAGCUAAUGGAAUCCGCAAUUAGGAAAUUAAAUGCAAUAAAAAAAGAAAAUAAAUUUAGAGAAGAGAAAAAUAAAGAACAAGUCGAAGCAAUGGAAAAACGUGUCCAUGAACUUGAACGACAGAAAACCAUAGCAAGCGUCAAUGCAGAACAUGCCAUGCACAUAAUUGACAGAAACAGACAACAAAAACUUGAAAAUUCGUUGCAUCACUUUCGCAGUGUAGAGCGCCAAUUUGAACAGGAUGCAGUAUUCCUUGCAGAACGAAUAAAUAACCUUGAACGUGAGAAAAUUAAACAGAGAGAGAUGCUUCGUCAGCGAAAUGAAAAAUUUAAGCAAGAAAUCGAAAGAAGGAGAAAAAUAUUUUCUUUGCACAGACAAAACGAUGAAAAAUGGAAACAAGAAUAUAUAUCAAACUUAAAAUCACGAAUAUCAAACGUAUCAACAUCAAAAGGUGGCUUAGGAUCAGACAUGCAUGAAAACAUUGCCGAUGUUAAAUUAAAAGCCGAAAAAGAUAAGCUAGCAUUUUUCAGAAAACAACGGGUUUUGCACGAGGAAAAGUUGAAAGAAGACGAAAAUAUGUGGAAAAGAAUAAGAAAUAUGUCUAGUAAGAAAGAAUUGGCAACGGAUAAAAUGAUUGAUGCGAUACAAGAUAUCAGAGAGAAGAAAAAGGAACUCAAACAAAAUAUCAGCGACAAAGAGCCGGAACCGGAAGUUGAAGCCGAAAUGUCACAGAAAGCAAAGACUUUACUGAAAUUUGAAUUGGAAGCAAAAGAACGAGAACAACAGAGAAUCAAGGACGCUUUCAAAAAACUAAUGGGCAAUAUAUCUGAUAAAUCGUCAACCUUUAUUCGUUGAGCAGACAUUAAAUGUAUAAACGGAAAACAUCAUAUAUCAAAAGCAAAUUCAAUAUUAUGGUUAUUUAAUACUUGAACGAAAUUCUAAUAUCUGAUUCUAAUCAACUUAUUAUAUAUCAAUACUUUAAUAAAAACGAAAGAUGUAAAA